AUGGGUGAUAGCUGUCUUAGCAUUAAAGCUGUGAAAGAAGUGUGGAAGAUGAUGAUGAAGUUGUUGGUAUUAUUAAUGAUGAUGAGCAGUAGUAGCAGCAGUAAUGGGGUGAGGGGUGUAGAGUUUGAGGUUGGCGGGGAGAAGGGGUGGACGAUUCCUUCCUCCAAGGAUGACUCCCAGCUUUACAACCACUGGGCCUCCCACAAUCGCUUCCAGCUCCAUGACACCCUUCGGUUCAAGUACAAGAAAGACUCAGUGUUAGUGGUGAGCAACGUGGAGUACGAGAAAUGCCGAUCCUCACAUCCUAUGUUCUACUCCAACAAUGGUAACACCCUCUUCCUGUUGGACCGUCACGGCCUGUUCUAUUUCAUCAGCGGCGUCGCCGGCCACUGCGAGCGAGGCCAGAGGAUGAUCAUUAAGGUUCUCGACACCCAAUCUCCACCGUCCGCCGCCGCCGGAAAUAGCUCCUCCAGUGCAUCCCCACAGAGCAGUGCCGGAGUUCCUCAAAUGGCCGCCGUCUCUUUCCCAAUGAUCAUGCUCUUCGUCGUCGCUUCCUCAUUCCUUAUGCGAACUUUUAUGUAGUGACACUAGUCCUGUCAUGAUGCUGUGCUAGCGCUAGCAUUAUUAUUUUUAUUAUUAAUCAUUGAUUAUU